UUCUGUUCUCAGUCGAGUUAAAAACGUUGUCGCUAGUGAACGUGCUACUUUUCGUUGGUCCGCGUGCAUCCAUACCCUUAUUAGGCAUAGUAACUAACAAUAUCAAUAGCAGUAGCAACUAAGUGUGAGUUACGAACAGGGCGGGUGGUAGCAUAAUAACAUAACACCCCACUCUCAACGCCCAAUCCUCUUGUCUGUAAUGAUUCUUGCAUUACGAGAGCAGAAGAACAAAAAAGUAUGUGCGUGUCAGGUUGGAAAAUGUUCAGAAAAGAAAUAUUAUCUGUCGAGUUAAACGGAAACGCAUCUCAAAGGUUGCGAUACUAAUACAUAGCUUUUGGAGUUCGUUUUGGGGAGUAAAAUUAUUGCCAUCCAGGAGCAAUAAAAAGUUAAAAUGUUGGGCAGUGUAAAAUAAGCUCCAGUAUUUGCAACGAGAAUGCGAGUAAGAAAAGAAAGCAUUAAAUGUGAAAAGGAAAGAAAAAUGAAAAAAGUAAGAGAAGCUUGGCCUGGGUGCUUCUAGGCUGAAAAAUCUAUAGAAGUAGCGCAACUUGGUGCAGUGAAGCAGCUCGAGGUCAUUUUAAUACAUGAAAAUGUGAAAAAAAUCUCGCCACAUAGUCGUAAAUGUCAAUAGUGAAGUGUUACUAUUCAUGAUCAUCAAGAGAUGGUUCAAAGAAAAAACGAGUGAGUGUAACCAAUUGUAGUAAGUCAGCCGGAGCAGAAGCGCGUCUGACACGCGACACAAUCUGUGUGGGAAGUCCUGUAGUGGCCGCAUGCCAUUAAUACAAAGCUUACAAGAAACGAUGGAAACUCUAGUAAUAUUUUUUUCUAUGACUUACUGGUAGUCAAGAAAGAAGUCAAUAGUAAAAUUAUAGGUAACCAAAAAUAUCGAUAACCUGUAGCAGAUAUGAAUGAGCGCAAAUUCCGCAGCAAUUCCUACUUUGCCAGCGACAGAACCGAUAGCAGAAAAGAGCGAUGAGAGCGAGUGUCAAGUGAGUAGCAAACCAGGAAAAAAUCAAUAAAAACAAUUCGCUUCUCAUCAAAAAUACAUUUUCAUAGAAGAAGAGAAGAAACACCAUUUCUUUCGAGGGGUGUUUCCGAAGUCUAGUUAAAAAUUGAAAAUAAACUUACUGCCUUUUUUGAGGAUUCUAAAUACUACAAGUGAAAAAGCUACAUGAUCGUCUGGUGAGGAAUCUCAUGAAUUAGGAGCAGAAAAUGGAUUUCCGGAUUAUGCUAAUGUUAUUUACUGUGACAGCGGCUGCAGUGGAAGUUCAUUUUGAGACGCCAGAUAGCGGCUUUUUUCUAAAACACUCGCCACGACAGACUUCACUUUCAACAUCGUCUAGUAAAGGACGCCAGAGUGCAGAUUCAGUUUUAUCGAUAGAUAGGUUUACUGUAGUACAAACGAGUCAACCGGUCUCGAUACGGGCCAGUUAUGGUCCAUUCUCUACCAAACAGACGGUCCCUGCCAGGUACAUCGUACCAGAUGCUAUGGAGUCUUCUAGCGAUUCGUCACAGAAUGCAACUGCGGCAUUAAUGGAUUUACAACAAACCAAUCUUCAUCUGGACAUAUCUGCACAUCUUGUCAAGAAUAAUAUUCCACGCGAUGCACCAGUGUUACGCGUAUUAUUCCAUGCAGGAGCCGAUCCUGGUGGACAUUUGCAGCGUCAAAAAAUUUGUGUUCUUCUGCAUGCUUCAAUAGGCAAUAAAACACCAUUGAAGGGUCGUUGCAUGCCAGAGGGAGAAGAUGGCGUCUGUGUUGCAGAAGUUGUCAUCCCUUCGAAUUGGUGGCCUCCACUACCCCCUCCAGAAAGGGAUGGCCGUACACUCAUUACUCAGAAGACUCCACAGCGACUGGUGCAAGUUUCCUACAGUGUAUUCGAACCACCAACAAGAAGUCCAGAACUCUGUGAACCCAAAGUACAAAUUCAGCCAUUAACUCUGUUUGCAAAAAUUCCUCUUGUGCAAUCUCAAAUGCCCUACAAAGAUCUACGAGCUGACGAAACUCUCACGAUGAUGGUUCCUCAGCAACCAUUAUAUCCUUUGUCCAAAAUUCAUGUACCAGUAUUCCUACACUCGGAAGCAGGACAAAAUAUUGCAGUAUUCAUCGUUAGAGCCCGUGUCAAGACAGGCAUGCGUAUACUUGGUGCGAGUGCAUCAUCUGAAGAUUGGAAUGUCUCUGUAGAGAAAGAAAAUACCAAGCAUACUGUUGCAAGAGUGACCGCUUUUCGGAAGGAUCAGGACCCGGAUUCACCUGUCGUUACAGCUGAAGAUAUAAGUUCUAAUAGGGUGCAGGAAGUAUUUUCUUGGCUUCUAGAAGUCGCAAAUGAUACCAAAGAUCAUUGGGAUGGAGGACGUAUUGUAUGGUCUGUUAGUUACGUACAUGACGGACCAAAAAUUAAAGAACUCUCUGCGGAAGCGCCCAAUACACCGCACGAGGAAGGCAAAAAGAAAAUUGUAGCUAAACUGGAAAUACAGAAGGAUGACAUACAAGCUGUGCUACCAAUUGCUAAGAAUUGGGAAUUGAUGAAUACUGCAGUUCUAACUGGACGACAAGUAUCUCAAGCAAUGAAGGUGUUCAUUGUGUCACAAGGAGGAAAAGUGGCAGAUGUAACGCUUCAAUCUUCAUGUCAAGCAGAGGAUGAGAGCGUUGUCAAAGUCUCAUCAUCCUGCAGUUCAGUAUACGUAGAUGGUUCAGAGGCCAGAGGUUCAUCCAACGCAACUGUAUUGGUCAAAUACGGUACGUAUUCUGGAUUAGCAAAAUUUACAGUAUGGAUGCCAGAAUUUCCGCUGGAAGUGUCUGUAGCAGAUUUUCGUUUGUCACAGAUCAAAGGUUGGAAAAUUCCCGAGGAUCAUAUUGGAAGUUUAAAUGGUAAAAUGCGUCGACGUAAACGGGCUUAUGGUUGGAACCACCAUGCAGAUGACUUUGUUAAUGGCGUACCGACUGAGAGAAAUAUCUGCCGAGCUCGCUAUCAACAAAGUCCCGUAGAAGUGUAUGCUCGAUUCUUGGCUGUGGAUCAGGAUUCCGGUCGGGUGAGCUAUCUAAUUUCAAGACGAACCGGACUAAGGGUAACCGAUUUAGUACAACAAUUAUUGCGAGUAGCAGAUCCGAAAAUAGCAACAUUGAGAGGAAGAACUUUGCAAGGACGCGCAAUGGGAAGAACAGAUGUCCAGGUUCUUUCUCCAAUAACCGGGCGAGUCAUUGGAGCCCGUGAAGUCCGCGUUGGAAGCGAUAAAGUCAGCAUCAAUAGACUGUUGGUACGAGUAGUUUCAGGACUACAAUUAUCAAUAUCCAGUGACAGUGCUAUUGAAAAUGGUUAUAUCGCUGAAACACCAGUAACAAGAAAGUUAACCGCUCAAUAUCAAGAAGGACUGCUAGAUAUCGAUUUGGAAUUCUCCGAUGGGUCUAAAACACCUUUGAGAGACAUAUCCGUUGAUGACUAUUUUCUCUUAGUGGAAAGCUUGGAUACAGAAGUAGUUGCAUUCGCUCCUAUGUUAGCAUCCCAUCAUCCAAGAGUGAUCGCUGUUGGAGAAGGUAAUGGCGAUUUGCUCAGAGUAACAUUAUUGCUAUCUGAAGAAUGCCGUUUAAGAAGAAACAUUCCAGUAUCAAAACAGAGCAUAAAAUCUUCGGUUGGCCCUCUAGUUAGUGCGCUAGCUUCGGUUCAAGUAGAUUUUAGUAUUUCUGAGAUAGGUACUCGACCGGACACAGUGCAAAAUGACGGUGCAGCUGGUCGCGAUCGUAAACCAGGACGGGAGCUCAGUGAUUUGGCUGAUAUUUUGAUAGGGAUCCCACUGAAAGACGAUAAUAGCCAACAACCGUCAGCGCUACAACCGUCUCGACAGCAUCGUGGAGGAAUACCAGGAUAUACAAAUAAUAAGAGUGUAGUUUAUGCAGAUGCCACAUCAUUAGAGAUUGGAAUGUACGUGCUGUUGGCGGCUUUUUGUCUAGCAAUUGGUGUUUUCGUUAUUUCCUGCGUUGUAUAUGCAUCCAAAUUCCGACCGGUUACGAUCGAUGUGACCGGUGAGGCAAGUGUACGUGAUGGAAUGGGCAAUGCGUCUAUCCUGGGUGUGAAAGGAACAGAAUCCACUACAAAUGCUCACGACUGGGUAUGGCUGGGUCGCGCAACGGUGGAUAGAUCAUCUAAUGGCCAGGAACUGAGUGGAAAUACCAGAGAUUCACGAAUGCACAUUAUCAAUAACCCUAUGAGUCUAAAAUAUGGAGAUGCAGAAGAAAGCAUUGUACAGAUUAACAGCUUUAAUAAUCCAAACCAAAUGCAACUUCCAUCCAGUGCCCGAGACAGUCUGAUCAACUCAUGUACUUAUAAUAAACGAGAACGAGGGAGUCGGAUUAACGAUGAGAAUGAGAAAGCACCUCCACUUCCUCCACAUGGUAUCCCAGUAAUAAAAGGAACAGAAUACCGUCCACCAGUUCCUCCUCACAGAAGCAUGGGAGUGAUUGCCAACAGGCUCCAACAACCGGUCAUACAAAUCAGAAAUUCGAGGCAACGUGUUCAUACCCGACAUAACCGUAACGGUGGAAGCAGUAUCUCUACAACCAAUCCAGCAUUUGAGAUUCAACUGCAUGGUGCUCCAUCACAACGGAAUCUCUCCUUCACCCAGCAACAAAUUAAUGCUGCACUGUUCAACAAUAAUAUCCCUCAGUACUCAGUCCACCCUGUUGUCCGACAAUCAACAAAAUCACCACAUUCAUUCGAAAACAUGGGAUUUUCUGUUUUACCACAGUCACAGCAUUUUUCUAUGGUAUGCCCUUCCAAUGGUAGAAAUUCAGAAGAACUUCAUAUGGCAGAGCGCUUGGUACAGCAAUGCUCACAAAAAUCUGUUUUCAAAUUUGAUACUAUUAAUAAUGCAUCAAGUAACAAAAAUAAAGUCGCCUCUCUUUGUAAUAAUAACCUAGUAGAGGCUAAUAGUAUUAGGGAAGAUGCACCAGUUAUGGUGCAAACAACAGCCGAAAUUAGUGCUCUUCCUGCGUCGAGUGACAUGAGAUGCUCUCAAAAAGAGAACAGUUCCAGUGAAAUAAAAACGCUAGAGUCCAGUUCGGAUGGUAACGGAGGCUUUGUAACACCUCCUAAUGAGGAACCAGAAAAUCAACUGCAUCAUCAGCAGAAUCAGUCCAUAAUACCAAAGCCUCCACAUCCGUUGAAGCACAACAAACCAACAGUAGUAGGAAAUCCAAUGUUCGCAAAUACACCUGAGAGUGAGUUGGGACCUGGAGAAAGUCUUGGACUCGAUGACUUAGAUAUGGACUAUGAACAAAUUAUGCAUUAUUUUGACAAUUUGAAGGAAUCAAACGCCUGAGUGCAGGAGAUCAUUGCAAAGAUUCGCGAGAUAUUGUCCACAUUUCAACAGCAGUACCGAAAUGUGGCCGUUUCGCCUGUCAGCAGCCCAAUGUGUGUACCAGGCAUCAACGAUCCUAACUUUGAACAUUUUUUCGAACAUUUGAGUGAAUCUUAUGCUUAAAUCGAACACGGCUUGCGCAACUUAAGUUUAUACUUUGCUGAUAUUCAUUAAUUUUUAAAAAGUAUUAACCAACAGUGCAUACAAAAGUCAAUGUUAAUCAACCUGUUCCAUUUUUGAGAAAGUUUUCAUGUGUGUGUAAAAAUAUUUUCAGUUUUUUUUUUGAGUAGCAACUUUUAUAUAAUUGAUUGAUCUCAUUUUUCUAAUAAAUACUGAGUGACAAAAAUCGUUGAAAAAUGUUUAGAACUACCACAGCGUCUUUGCAGUGAUCGCAAAAAUUGAAAUUCAAACAAUAUCAUGAACAUCUGAUUUAGAUAAACAGGAAAAAUAAACAAUAAAAUAAUAGUACUUCCACAGUAAACCAAUGUGUACAGCACCCACACCACAAUUAUCAUAAUCUAAAAAGGCUUCAAGCGAAAGCAAAAUAUACUCGUAUGAUUGUGUUACGUGACGUCAUAACUGUAAGCAAGUUUACCACGAUGAUCAAAUACAGAUAUAUUAAACACAUUUCUCUGGCUUGAUCGUAUCGCGAAUAAUACAAAGACAACACAAUGCUUUUUGCGUCCAGUUUCCAAAUUUGCCUGCUCAAAAUUAAGAAAAAACAAAACUUUGGCGGACAAGAAAAUAAAAUAACACUCAAAGUAAAACACACGUUACAUACAUACACGCAUCGAUCUUUACGAACCGCGCAUUUGAUACAUGCUUGAAAUGUUUCAAAUCUCGAUGUUCGAUUUAUAUAAGAAUAUCAGCAAUCGUAUGAAACACUUAUUAGCGUCCUUAGAGCGAUUCGUUGUCGGACUAAAUACAAAUCAUACUGUAUUAUAGUUUAUUUAUAAACAAAUCAGUAAAUCAAAUCACCAAUCUAGUCAUUUGUUUAAAUAAAGUUAAGAAGAUAAAGCAAAUAUAUGAUAUUAUUGAGAAAAAGUAUAUAUUAUUGUAAGUGGUUACAUAGGAUAAGUUGAUAAAAUGUAUGAAAGGAAUGCUUAUACCUUAUUGACUAGUAAUAUUACAAUAAUAUUAUUAUUACUAUUACUAUUAUUAUUAUUGUCAUCGUAAAUAUUAUGAUUAAUUAUUAUUAUUAUCAUUGAUAUUAUUGAAAUCGAAAAGAAUGAAGCUUUAAACUAAAACCAAGGCAUAUAAAACCGAGAAAAUUAAAUCAAUCUAUUGCCAUUUUUAUUAGAUUGCUUCACCCUUACUUGAGUAUGAAACGAAUCGCAAACAUAAAUAAAAAUGAUCCAUAUCACAUCAGAUCAGUAAAACAUGGUUUAUUUUGUAAAUAGUAUUUUAGCACAAGGCAUGAAACGUGUACAUUUCGAGACGCUGUAUUCGUAAAAUUGACUGUAUUCUAAGACGAUUUCAAAAGCGCAUUUUAGUAAAAUUCUGCCAUACUGAAGUUAGAUUACAACUAACUCAAAUCUGUCUACAUGGAAAAUGAUACCAAAAAUUAGCUUGCUAAGGAUAUAUUAGGCUUAACAUGCAGCAGUAGGCAUGAUUUAUUUCUCAAAAGAAAAGUAUGGCAUCAGGCAAAUAACGGUUCACUAGUUGUGAAACUAUGUAUUUGAGAAAAAUAUAAAAAUAACACACGUACCUAUUAAUUGAUGACGUUGCGGAUUCAUGCAUUGAACACUGCUCUCUUCAAGUAUUGAUUAUGUUAUUAUCAUCGCCAAAACGCUAAACAUUCCCUGUUACAUCCAGUUCGAUUUCAGAUAAGUUAUAUCCCCUCAAGUCGUUAAGAGACAAUACGUAUCAAUAAUAUAAACUUUUAAUAAUAGCUGUAUUUUUUCUUCUCAUUUUUUUCUACAAAAUAUGUCUUGAUGAAUCUUCCGUCAGUGCCAUUGCUUUUUCCUCGCUUUUUAAUUGACAUUUUUGUAUUAUUAUUUCAAAUCUAUGAUGUUAAACAAGCUUGAUAAAUGUAACAAUUGAAUGGUAAUUUGAAUGCAGAGCAUACACAAAAAAUGGACUAUUUCCAAAUAGUGUGGGUUUUCUCGAAGAAUUCAUAGUUGUAUGGUUUCAAACGUUUUACUUUAUACACAUGUCGAAUUUGAAAUAUUUCAUAAAAUAAAUUUUUCCGCUUAGAUUUUCUAGUCAUUUCAAAUUUCCAAGGAUUAUUAAAUUGAGAUAGAUGUUCAUAAAAACGUUCUACAAUUUGGUGUUCCAAAUCUGAAGAAACCUUUCAAAAAGUCAGAAAGAAUAUCUGCAGAACGGCAGUAUUGUGAAAAUAAGUUCGUUUUUUUACAAUAGUUGUGUAUAGACAUCCAGGCAAUUAAAUGCAAUGAUUGACGUAGGUACUUGCUUACAAUACCAAAAACAAAUAAACACACUAUUGUAAAUUAAUAUUCUCAACAAAAUUCGAAAGCUUCUAUGCCCUUUUUUCUUAAUAAGAGUUUCCGACUAUGAAUGGUGUUUACUAAGUUUUAAAGGUUCGAGUUGGUAUGUCCGCAUUUCAGAUUAUCAUUUAGCAUUCUGGUUUUUCAAUGAAAAAUAUAACAAAACUUUUUUUUUUGCAAAUGAUGUUCAAUGAUAUACAUUUUUGAGCAUGCCUCUGGAUAUACAAACACGGGAUUACACUGUUGCAAUAACAAUAACAAAACACACGACCAGCUUAAUGUAUAUUGUUUAUGAAAGAGCUUGAUUAUACACGAAUUUCGCAAGUACCAAACUAACGAAUAACACAACAGAUGGAAGAAGUAAAUAACACCCGAAUAUAGAUAAAUUUAAAAAAUAAGAAAAAAUACAAAUAUUUUGUAUCUGAUAUAACGCGACAAAAGUAUGAUUUCUAGAACUAUUUAUACAUUCAUCAAAUCGGUCACAAUGAGAGCAUUAUAAAAGUAAUGAAAAACAAAAAAACAUAGCACAUGCAUGUGUGAUCCCGAAAAACAAGCGUGUUUAGAAUAGUUCAGGGAAAACAUAUAUACUAAUUGGUAGCUAGAAAGUCGUAGGACAACAAAACAAGCCGAAAAGAGAACAUUAAUCUCUCACAAUUCUAUUGAAUAUAACGCCCAGUAUGGCAAGGAAAUGUAUUUUUAGUCUGUAUUUUCAUAUUUUGUAUUUGAAUCUAAAUUUUUGGUUGACCCACUUUGUAUGCCUGAAAGUGCAUUCAUAAUCCUACUAAGAAUAAUACGUUUUAUUACAUAUAUUUAACCUUCUCUAUAAUGUCAAAUUAUUGUUACUCUUCGCUAUUAUGUUACUUUCUUUACCGUGCGGGGCUAUUCGCUGAACAAAACGGUUAAAUUAAACAGACCUAAACAACAAUAUAUUCAAUCGCUGAAUGCAAAACCUGCUUAAAAUCAAGACGUGAAUUCAAUCUAAUAACUUUAUCAUAAGCAUAUAUUGCUGUUUUUGCUCACUGAGCGCAAAAAUCGUAACCUCUAUAAAUGCGCGUGCAUAUAUAGUAACACUAGAAAGCUACAACUAUACCCAGUGAAACCAAAUAGUGUGAUUCUCUCCAACUUACUCAACAACCAUAUUGUAACAUUUUAGAGUUACCUCUGUUAUGUUCAUAGAACCUUCUUGUUUCCCUAUCAAUACUAUUUAUUUUGCAGUCGGUUACUUGAGAAAAUGUUCUAUUGUCAAGUUUUUUUCUAAUUUGAUUUAAUAUGUCAACAGUGAAUUCAGCCAGACAAGUGAAGCUUCAUUCAUUAUUCAACUGUUUUCCUUCGUUUGGAAAGAGCAAAAUGAAAAAAUAUGCUAAAAUGGUAAUUACUGCAAUCAUUUCAACAUUAUCAUUAGUGUUAUUUUAAAUAUCUAAGCUUUUAUUGCAAUUUUACAACAAAAUUCGAAAUUGAUAACUAAAAACUUCAAAACAGAUCGACCUUUCAUAUUCAAUACAAUUUGUGCCCUUUGUGCUUGUAGUUGAUGAAUAAUAAAAAUUUGAAAGUGGUUUUUCGAGAAAAAACUGACAUCUUUCCGCGGCAAGUGAGUUUAGUUAAAUAUGAAACUAGGGCGACAAAGCAAUUCAAAAUGGGGCUGUGAGGCCAAUUUAUUUUGUCCAAAUUUUUCAAUCACAUGCAGAUUUCUUAAAGUCUUCCCUGUGCUCGAGUGUGUCAUUUUUUGAUUUGUUCUCGUUUUUUUUUCGAGAAACUACGUAUGUAAAGAACGUUUUUUUAUGUUUUAUAUGAAGAUUUGCGUACAUCCUAAGAUGUCUGAUCGUUGAAAGAUUGAUUGAAAAAAAUAAUUCUGAUUAGGUCAUCAGACCACCUGUUAAACGUUUAUAAAGCAAUAUUUGCAUCAACGUGAUAUUGUAAAAUGGCAUGUUUGACGUUGUGUGUGAUACUAAUAUGCGACAUCCUAAUUGGAUAAGGAGAUUUGAAUAAAUGCCAACACCGCUAAUUGAUCUGAACACAAUUGAUAAUAUUGUUGAACGAUUUGAAGCGAUUUCAUAUAGAAACUAUGCUACAAAAUCUUAAAUGAAAACACAUUGACAUUGCACCUUUUGUUGACUAAUUAUAGUUAUUUAGAUUAUACACAUCUUAUUUAUUUUUGACUUUUUGUUCUUUUCAAAAGUGGCAUGGUAUCUUACAUACUUAUAAAUCUUUCUGCUCAGUUAUUUACAAUAAGUGUUAGUCAUUUGAGUUAUAUUCUUACAGUUAUGCAGUAAAAAAAUAAAAACGUUUUUUUCAUGAAAAAUAAGUAGACACAGUUACCACCGAUCAGUUGAACAAGAAAUUUAGCAGAAGGUAUUAUGCUACGAAUUGUUAGAAAACCAUUCGACACAAUACAAAAGCAGUCCCAACAGUUUUAUAGCAGUAAUAAAAACAAUAAAUUAUACACAGUUCAGCACAAUUUGGUCUCUGUUCAUUGGGCGUAAAUGGAAAUCGAGAUUUCUUUAAUUCAAAUAAGCUGCAAAAUCAUACAAAAAAAAAAGAUAUUAUUUGAAUAUUUUAUUUAAGUAGUUUAAAAUGUAAACUAACAGACGAAAAAUUAUUUGUAUCUGUAUAAAUAAACAAGUGCUUAUAUUGA